UUUUUUUUUUUUUUCCUGCUCCUGAGGCCACCCUCAGAACCCGCCGCGAGCAAUUGCUGUCUAGCGUGUUUCCCACCCGUCCGUCGUAUCGUCGUCGCUCGUGUCCCCCGCCUUUCUGGCCCGCUCUUUGUAUAACUCUCUGAGCGCCAGCCCAAGCCGCAACGGCUCCCAAUUUCGUCGCCUUUUCCCCCAUCUCGUCUUUCUCCCAAGCCCAACGCCCACACGUGUUCCCGUCAGUCAUCCACAAUUGCGCAGACGGUAUCCACGGCCGUCUCGGCUUCUGGUCCUUGCGUGCUUCUGCAGUUUUGUCAUCAACUUCCUCCGAGCCUGGCCUGGGAACAGACCUCCCUCCGCCAAGCCUCAAGUCAGAGCUUGGCCCCGAACAGGCCGUCGCUGCGUGCCCAACGACCACAGCCAACAAUUUCCUUUCCUCGACAUCGACUGGCUUGCUUGGUGCCCACCCCGCACUCCAACCGCCAACAUGUCUAACCCUCGAAGGACCCCGAUGACUCGUCCGGACUCUGCUCUCACUCUUAAGACCAACAUGAUCCUGAGGAAAGGUGCCACCUUCCACUCUCCCACGAGUCCCGACACCCCCGAGUCCGCCGUCUUCGUCCCUCCCUCUCUGCCGCGUAGAUCACAGACAAACCUGGACGAUGUCGUCGAUGCUCAUCGUCGUCGUGUUGCCCUGACGCUCGGCGACAUCGACAAAGCUCUCUCUGGGGUCGUGGACACCAACUCGGCCAGGAAGACUCUGCGCGACAACAGCUACCCCAUCCCGAGGGGUCUACUGUCGCCAACUCUCAUUGGAAAAGAGAUGGAGGUCGAGCGCCGCGUCCUGCGGCCUCGCCCCAACCGUCGUUCAAACCGCCACCACGAGUCUGACAGCGGCCUCGGUACCUCAAUUGCCUCGACCAAGGAGAAGCGUGCCGCCGCAACCGACACUGUUCCCGAAAAGGUCAGCGUCAAGGCGUCGGCCGUCACCAGGUCCGCAGCGUCCACCACCACUUCCAAGAGCCUCCCCGGCCUGAGCGCUCGCGCGACUAGCCGCAUCUACGAGCACACUCUCAAGCCUCUGCUUGCCGAGCCCUCGUUUAAGGACUUCCACCCCGUCAUUCUUGAAUGCCCAAGAAAGAUCUCGUCCAAACAGAUUGUUUGCCUGCGAGACGUUGAGAAGACGCUACUGUUGACUGCCCAAAGCGUCACCAAAGCUGCCAAACUUUACCUGGACUUUUGCCUUUCAACUGUUCGCUGCAUCCAAGCAACCGUCGCCCUUCUCAGCGAGCCUGAGCAGCGCCGCCUCAAGGACGCGCCCUACAACAGCGGCUACUUUAUCGACCUCGUGGAUCAGAUUCGCCACUACGCUCAGCAAAUCGCCGACCAGAAGAAGCCGGGCAGCACCGACGCAAUGGACGUCGACAUAAAGGAUGAAGUUAGGCUGUAUGGCGGCAUUGCCGUCAACGGGCGCCCCGCCGAGCUCGUGCGGGUGAGGAAUGGCAAAGCUAUUUCCAUCGCCACCGGCGAGCCCGUCGAGCUGGAGGAGGAUGCCAACAGCCCUAUCAGGUUUAAGCGCUCCGCCAGCCAGGAGCUUGCUGAUGAUGACGAGAUCAUGCGGUCUAUGGCCCGUCGCAAGAAGAAUGCUCCUCCUGAGGAGUAUGCUCCCAAGAAGUGCCGCGAGCCCGGCUGCAACAAGGAGUUCAAGCGGCCCUGCGACCUGACCAAGCAUGAAAAGACGCACUCGCGUCCUUGGAAGUGCUCUAUCCCCACGUGCAAGUACCACGAGUACGGGUGGCCCACCGAGAAGGAGAUGCAGCGACACUUUGGCGACAAGCACUCUUCGGCCCCUCCCAUGUAUGAGUGUCUGUACAAGCCUUGCCCUUACAAGUCUAAGCGCGAGAGCAACUGCAAGCAGCACAUGGAGAAGGCUCAUGGGUGGACCUACGUUCGAACCAAGACGAACGGCAAGAAGAACGCGAGCCACCCUGGAAGCGUCACUCACGCGACGCCCCCUGUCCACAACAUGCCUACGCCUGAAAGCUUUGGGGUGGCGACUCCGCCUCAAGCGCGCCUCUAUGAGGGAAUUGAGUUUCCGGGGUACAUGGAGCAGGACCAGUUUGGUGCCGUCGACCAGCGUCCCCAGGAGCUCGACCCUCUCGAGUUCUCCCCCGUCGACAACGCCACGCCGUCGACCGAUUCUGGAAUGGACCACUCUUCGUACCAGGACUUCAGUGGCGAUUUCACUCACUAUGACGACAUCUACAACGCCAACGUCCACCAGAUUGCCGUGUCAAACCCGUUCAGCAAGGAGAUGGCCCAGCAGUUCGCUGCAUUCUCUGCGGUCGAGCUCAACAAGACGCAACCUGCACCGCACAUCUCGCCCAUUGGCCAGGGCAACGCCAUGCUGUUCACCCCGAGCUCACUUGCUGAGGUUGACGAAGGCUUUGAUGACUACUCGGCCCAUGGUCACGUGGGCCCUGACUUCUGCUUGUUUCCACCCACCCAGUUCGCCAAGGAGCCUAUGUUCGAGCCUCUUUUUGGUGAGAUUCCCAGUGUCGCAGCCGGGUAUUCGCAACCAACCUCGCAGGAUCUCCUUCAAGAUUGGCGUAACAACGUCCAGUACCAAUCUUACCCACACAACUAAUGGACAUGGCAGUCCUUUGGUGGUGACGGGGUUGCAUCUAAGUCGGUGACAUGUAUCACAUUCCCCAGAGCGUCGUUGGCUAUUCGUGGAUGAAAUCGCGUACUGGGGCUGUGUUUGCUACCUUGGCGGUGCUAGUGGUGUGUCACCUUUCACUUUGCGGUGUUUUUUUUUUCCUCUUCAAUGUUCACUUUUGUAGCGUUCGGCAAUGAGUUAUGACGCAGAGAUCCUGAAGGUGGUGAUACUUGGAGCUGAGUGGACUUUUUUUUUUUUUCUUAUAUGAUCACCAACUUCCACCAAUCCCAACUUAUACGUUGACAGAUUUCAAGUGCGUCUCUGCAGAAGAGGCAAAGCAGAAAGAUAACAAAUCAAGAAAAAAAAGGGCAGUCGGAAGAAUGAGAGCCAAGUUCUAUCACAAGACUUUCCACUCUACAUUAUCUCCUCUGUAUUCUGUUUGGUUUGUCCAUGUCGUUUGGCUGAUUUUGCGAGAUUUUUAUUGAGUUCAGUUUGUUAUCUUUCAUCUUCUGGAGCAACUGACAGGUAAUGGAAAAUAUGCUGAAGGUUGUGAGAGAAAAAGGCCAUGGUCGGGCCUCUCGCAAAAUCAGGGCCAGUGGGGGGACUGGGAAGCUGGACGGGUUGUUGAUUCAUGUGCUCAGCAUGCAAUUCAGUGUCAAAGGCGCAAUAGUAAAAACUUAUAUAAAGAAGAAGAAAAAUGAAUGAAAACCAAGAGAUCAGAGCAAAAGCCGUUCCCGUAGUUAGGUAACAAGUAGAUAGAUACAAUAAAAAAAGAUAACUAGCAA